GGAAAAUUAUUGCAUGUCUUGAAACUAUAAUCAAUUCUUAGUCUAACAUAUCAUGAAGUGACUUUUAAUCGUCUCUUAUGAGGACAGAGGCGAGGACGAACUGAAGAGGAAGGCUGUUGUUGAAUUGAAAAUUCCUGUCAUAUUCUUCAGUCAAUAAAAGUCAAGAGAUUUCUCUCUCACUCUUUGAUUACCUAGUUCGAUGACAAACUUAUGGCUGGUUCAAGAUAAGAAUAGCUAACGAACGGCCUUCGAGGUCAGGUCGAGGCCGAAUGGAAUCGCUAGAUCAGAGUUUCGACACCUUCGGCACGGCUGGCAUAAUGGACGGCACGGAUAUGUGGUUGCCGCUUAUCAUGGACAAUGCCACGCAUAGCACCAUUGUCGAUGCGGAACUAUCGAGAUUUCCAAAGCCUUUGAGAAUCUUUGCAGCGGUAGUGGCGAUCAUUAUCAUGAUUAUUGGUUUAGCCGGUAAUCUACUAACGAUCGUGGCGUUAUGUAAAUAUCCUAAAGUUCGCAACGUUGCAGCGGCCUUUAUUAUAAGCUUAUGCAUCGCGGACUUUGUAUUCUGUCUGUUGGUGUUGCCGUUCGAUUCAAUCAGAUUCGUCAACGCCAGCUGGGCAGACAUUCGAUUCUUCUGCAUCUUUGUACCCUUUUUACGUUAUGGAAAUGUCGGGGUCAGUCUUCUGUCUGUCGCAGCAAUCACUAUCAAUAGAUAUAUUAUGAUAGCGCAUCAUGAUAUUUAUAACAAGGUUUACACGAAGUAUUGGAUAGCCAUAAUGAUAAUCUUUUGUUGGAUCUUCUCUUAUGGGAUGCAGAUACCUACGCUGGCAGGAGUGUGGGGUAAAUUCGAUUACGAUCCCAAUCUGGAGACCUGCUCCAUCGUCAAAGAUCGUCGUGGUUAUACUUCCAAGACAUUCCUUUUUGUUAUGGGAUUUCUGAUACCCUGCUUAGUGAUCGUUGGCUGUUACGCUAAGAUAUUUUGGGUGGUGCACAAAUCAGAAUCGCGAUUGCGAAAACAUGCUGGAUCGACGAUAAAGUCACCUCAUACGCCCGGAAGGGAUAUCAGGGAACUCAAACAGAAGCGCAGUGAAUGGAGGCUCACAAAGAUGGUACUGGUAAUCUUUCUCAGCUUCCUCGCGUGCUACUUACCGAUCACCAUUGUUAAGGUGGCCGAUGCGGAAGUCAGAUGUCCCGAGUGUCACAUUCUGGGAUAUUUGCUAUUGUACUUCGCUUCAUGCGUGAAUCCAAUCAUCUACGUAAUCAUGAACAAGCAAUACAGGCAAGCGUAUGCCGGUGUGAUUGGCUGCAAGUGGAUAAGGGCGACCUUAACGCCGUACGGCAGCAGUGUGCCGGGUGGUGCCGGCGGUCUUCAGGCCCAUCAGCAUGACUACGCCCAAGGUAACUUCGAGCAACGACACGCGGUAACACUCACCAAGCUCUGACCGAGCGCGCGAGCCUAAGCGACCACUCGCUCACUUUAUUACUCGAAGGAUUUCAGCAAAACGAUGGUAUCGACGGUCUCUAUCGCUAUGAAUCCCGUGAGAAGUUCACAAUUCCAGGAGGAACUGUGAGGUGGACUUCGAGAAAAUGACAAAAGACGUUUCCCGUUACAAAAAGAAGGGAGAAGAAACGGAAGAUGAGAAGAAAAA